AUUCGUCAUUGACCGAUCGAUUUGUGAUUAAAGUGAACGAUGAAUGACUGAACAGUUCACCUAGAUGAACGAGAAUAAAUUCUAUGAUUCGGAGAGUCAGAGGGAUUCUUAUCGUCAACCGUUGGGUAUUCAGUAUACCUUAAUUCGUGAUUUAAUUGAUAACACAUGUUAAAGGCCACACUCUCAUACUUCUGGUUAUGACCACUAAUAGGAGCGCUGCUUUCGUGAUAAGGGUACCGAAAAUCUACUGUUGAGUAGUUCUCGUGUCGCGCCGCCGUAAAUGACCGUCUUGCAAUCCCACGUGCGUAUCCUGGCAAUUAUUAAUAACCUUAAACAUAAGUAAACAACGGUAUCACUCUGCUGUUGCCAUUUGAAGUGAUCGUUGAUGUGAUUCCGCCGUUUUUCUCAAGCACUAUGACCGAAGACAAAAUCCUGAAAGAGUCCACGACCACCGCCGCUGAAAAAGUUCCCUACUCCACAAGAAUAAAGUUUCUCAAUGAAAUCGCUAAACCUUUGGCGUCCAAAGCACUCACGAAAAAACUCUACAAACUCGUUAAGAAAGCACACAAAGAAAAAACUUAUUUAAGAGUAGGAUUGAAAGAAGUUCAAAGAAGAAUCAGGAGAGGCGAAACUGGCAUUGUAGUUUUUGCUGGUGAUGUUUCACCAAUUGACAUCAUGAGCCAUUUACCAGGAGUGUGUGAGACUAAAAAUCUGCCAUACUGUUAUGUGCCAUCACGUGAAGAUUUAGGAUCUGCAAUGGGUGUUAAACGUUCAGCAGUAGUAGUACUUAUAAAAAAAUUUGAAAGCUAUGCAGAUUUAUUUGAUGAAUGCCUAAGUGAAGUUAAAGCAUUACCAUACGACUUUUAAAUUUUAAUAAAUAAGAAUUGUAUGUAACUAUAAUAAUAUAAGUAUAAUAAUCUUCAUACAUUUUUAAAAAUAAAAUUUGUAAUAAUAUUCAUAUUAAAUAUAUAUAUAUAUAUAAUUAUCACCGAUAUGUGUCACUGCUUAAUGAAAAGUGUAUAAGAGAAUGAUUAAAGUACAUGUUACAAUCACUCCACCUAUAAUAAAGGAAUCACGUUUUUUACGCAUGUUAA